AUGGACGAGCGCAAGCAGAAGAAGAUUCCAAAAGAAUUAAGUUUGUCUUCCUUUCUCCUCCUACAACAAUUGAAAAUGAUCCCAGUUGCUGACAGAAUGACCCGUUUGUUUAGUUUCCCAGAAAACAUGGAAAAAUUCAUUUUCCCACCAAGGACUCGGGAUAGUCAUGAGAACGAGGAAAAGGGUUCGAACACAUUGGUGACCAAAAGUAGUGGUAAGAGGAAAUGUGAGGAUGUUGAAGGGCGUAAAGACAUCAGACUUGAAAGGAAGCCACCCCAGCAGCCGAUAAAGAAGUUCUGGUUGCCUGAGAAUGCCAAUGUGUCGGCGACGGCUGUCACAGCUAAAUGUGAAAAUGGGGUUUUGACAGUGGCUGCUGAGAGCUUCCUCUGCCACUAA